ACAUGAAAAAAACCUUUGUAGGGCAACUGAUAGGAAUAUUUUUGAUUGAACUGGAUAAGAGAGAGUUUCUUUGAGGGGGAAAAAAAAGUUAUAUAGUUCAAUGGCUUUGCAGGACCUGUGCAAUUUCCAGGACGUCUUUCUGGAUAGUGUCACGACUGAAUGUUCUUCAGUGCAUUUUGGAAAGAAGACUGGAUGUGACUUUAUGCAAGGUUCACCCUUUAGCAAUAGCUCAAGUCUGUUUAAUUUCUAUAUACCAGUUGCAGAGUGCCUAGAUGAAAGCCCAAUACAGUAUGGGCAGAUCAGCAACACCCAGAGCUCCAGCACUCUCUUAUCUCAUGACUCCGUCCUGCCAUCCUUUUCUUUGCCUAUGAAUCCUCCUCCUGCUUCCCCUGAGCCUGUUCCUUUGCCUUUUCCCAUUUCUCAUGGAACCACCACCCUGGCUUUCCUGUUCCAGGGCGGGGUACUGGCUGCAGCGGACACCCGCUCCAGCUGCGCUGGACAAGUGGCAUGCCCGGCCUCCCUGAAGAUCCGGCCCGUUCACAGUCACAUGGUGAGCACGACCUCGGGCACCUCAGCCGACUGCGCCCUUUGGGUUCGGAUUCUGUCCCGAGAACUGCGGCUUUACCAACUCCGCCACGGCCGACGGUUGUCCAUAAGCGGAGCGGCCAAAUUGCUUUCACACAUGCUUCACCCAUUUAAGGGAACCAAGCUGUGUGUGGCCGCCAUUCUGUGUGGGUGGGAUGGAGGAGAGGGAGAUGGACGCCAUGACAAUGGAGGUACAAAGACUGAUCUUGGUGGUUGCACGGAAACAACAAAGAAAAUUGCAAAAUCUUUAGAUACCAGUCUUCAAAAAACUCAGAGCUCUUCUCCAACCCUUGGCGGACAACAGCACUUAACCAGAGAGAAAAUACGUUUCUCUGGACCAAGUCUGUUUUAUGUGUGCAGCGACGGCACUCGCCUGCAGGGAGCACUCUUCUCCGUGGGCUCGGGAUCCCCUUACGCAUACUCAAUUUUGGACCAGGACGUUAAAUGGGAAUUGACUCUUGAUGAGGCCACAUCAAUCGCCAGACAGGCUGUGUACAGAGCCACACACUGGGACGCAUACUCGGGAAACCAUGUAGAUAUCUUCCACAUCUCCUCAAAAGGAUGGACUCGCAGGAGCAGAGAGGAUUUGAAAGAGGAAUAUUACAGAGAAAAGGAAAGACGGGAGAGAGGGAUGAGACGUGACGUGACUUAGCCGGAGCGGAGACAUGAAACAAACAAAAAUGGCACGAGAAAAAAGAAAGGCAGAUGUGUAGGAGUGUUCUUGAGAAAUGUGAUGGCAUCUUUGCAGCAGACACAGAAUUAAUGACAGGAGUUGCAUAUUGUUCCCUCUAAUAAACAGCUUUGUUUGUGCUGAUCAUAA